GAUCAUGUAAAAUAUUCCUCCGAUCUGUAACAUCAAAUUCCUCCUCUUGUUACCAACUUUGAGCUUUACGUGAAUCCUUCCUCCGAUCAUCACCAUUUCAAAAUCAAAUCUGUGUAUAUAUAUAUAUAUAUAUCUAUAUAUCCAUAAAAUCUAUAUCAAUAUCUAUUAUAGAUAUAGAUAUACAAACCAAUGUUGUGUGUUAUAUACUAUAUAAUAAUAUCUGUGUAAAAUUUAGCUAUCGUUUCAAAUGGAUAAAUUAUCAAUCCGUGUACCUUACAAAAACCUAAAACAAGAUGAGGUUGAAAUGAUGAAAUUUGAACAAGAAGCUGAUCACCUAAUUGAUUCCGGCAAAGGAAACGCGUCUAUUUCUUCUUCCUCUGCAUCUCCCGCGACGGAGACGGCGACGGCGACUGAGGAGAAUAAGAAUUGUAGCUUGAUUACAUUGAUUUUAAGUUGUACUGUUGCCGCCGGUGUUCAGUUUGGCUGGGCGUUGCAACUCUCUCUCCUAACUCCUUACAUUCAGACACUUGGAAUAGGGCAUGCAUUCUCUUCGUUUAUCUGGCUUUGUGGUCCUAUUACCGGUCUUGUGGUUCAACCUUGUGUUGGUAUAUGGAGUGACAAAUGCUCUUCAAAAUAUGGCAGAAGACGACCAUUUAUUUUACUUGGAUCUUUAAUGAUAUCAAUCGCUGUGAUAAUUAUCGGGUUUUCUGCAGACAUUGGAUACUUGAUUGGAGAUACCGAAGAACAUUGCAGCACGUUCAAAGGUACACGUACAAGGGCGGCGUUUGUGUUUAUCUUAGGAUUUUGGAUGCUGGACCUUGCAAAUAAUACCGUUCAGGGCCCUGCAAGAGCUCUUCUGGCUGAUUUAGCAGGUCCUGAUCAGAGAAACUCGGCAAAUGCUAUAUUUUGCUCAUGGAUGGCAAUUGGGAACAUUUUAGGGUUUUCAUCUGGCUCUAGCGGAAAGUGGCACAGUUGGUUCCCUUUCUUAACGACUAGAGCUUGUUGUGAGGCAUGUGGAAAUUUGAAGGCAGCCUUUUUAGUUGCUGUGCUUUUCCUUACAUUUUGCACAACGAUGACACUCUACUUUGCUAAGGAGGUUCCAUUGCCCCCAAAGCAGCAUCUGAGGUUAUCAAAUGUAACUCCUCUUAUGGAGGAUUCUCAGGCUCAGCAGCAUAGUCCUGACCACACAGAAUCAAAGCCUCAUAAAAGUGCAGUCGAUCACAAGGUUGGCAAUAUGCCUGAGAGUGUUUUUGAGUUGGAUUCCACUAAGAGAAGUGCCGACCCAACAGCUAAGGAUGAUCAAGUAGAGAGUUUUAGCGACAGUCCUGGAGCAGUCCUGGUCAACUUGUUGACCAGCUUACGCCAUUUGCCAGUGGGAAUGCAUUCAGUGCUUAUAGUAAUGGCUCUUACAUGGUUGUCCUGGUUUCCCUUUUUCCUGUUUGAUACAGAUUGGAUGGGUAGAGAGGUUUAUCACGGUGAUCCAAAAGGGGAUGCAGCUGAAGUUAUCGCUUAUGAUCAAGGUGUCAGAGAAGGUGCAUUUGGUUUGCUGUUAAACUCCGUGGUUCUUGGGAUCAGUUCUUUCCUUAUCGAACCUAUGUGUCAGUGGAUAGGUCCAAAAUUUGUGUGGGCAAUAAGCAAUUUUAUUGUGUUUGCCUGCAUGGCAGGCACUGCCAUCAUUACUGUAAUAUCUCUUGAAGAAACUCGAGGGACUGACCGUGUAAUUGGAGGAAAUGAAUCAAUAAAAACUGCUUCUUUGGUUGUUUUUGCCAUUCUAGGUCUUCCUCUUGCAAUUACCUACAGUGUUCCCUACUCUGUCACAGCAGAUCUAACUGCAGAUACAGGAGGUGGCCAGGGAUUGGCAAUUGGAGUUUUGAAUCUAGCAAUUGUAAUACCACAGAUGAUUGUGUCACUUGGUGCGGGCCCAUGGGAUGCGUUAUUUGGUGGAGGGAACGUACCAGCAUUUGUUCUUGCCUCUUUAAGUGCCCUUGCUGCUUGCAUAAUUGCAACUUUAAGGCUUACAACUUCCAGUAGUUCCUACAAACCAAUUGGUUUCCACUUUGGAUGACAACCAUCCCUCCUCGAUAAGAUAAUCCUACCAACCCGUACAUAUUACUUUGGCACCACCAAAAUGUACUAGUUCGGUGAAACUCCUACACAUGGUUUUACAAACAGUUAGCUUGUUGUCCAAGUUCAUUUAAUUUGUACCUUAAUGUAGAUACAAUAGCGCUUACACCAAAGAGUAUAAUUGGCUUUAGGAUAUUCAUUACCUCUGUGUAUUAUUUGUGAUCCUUCAGAACUCUUCAAAUAUUUGUUUUUCACGGGCAGUCUACAUUAUGUUGUGUCUGCUUGUGUAUUGGAUGGAUAGAUCUACACACUAAGUUUUAUUAUUCA